AAAUUGUUUAAUAUUGAAAGGACGGGGCGUUUUAAACCAAUAAUAGCCUAAAUAGAUACACCGGAAGUAUCAACCUCUCGCAGAAUCUCGCUUUGAAAAAUACCGGCAAGAUGUUAUUCUACUCAUUUUUUAAAUCUUUAGUGGGAAAGGAUGUGGUAGUGGAACUGAAAAAUGACCUCAGUAUAUGUGGUACUCUCCAUUCUGUGGAUCAGUUCUUGAACAUCAAACUGACAGACAUCUCAGUUACAGACCCAGACAAAUACCCACACAUGUUAUCUGUGAAGAACUGCUUCAUCAGAGGAUCAGUAGUGAGGUACGUCCAGCUGCCAGCAGAUGAAUGUGACACACAACUUUUACAGGAUGCUGCCAGGAAAGAAGCUGUACAGAACCGGCAACGGUGAUCUUUGGCAGUGACAGAACAUUACUAAAACAAACAAUUUAGAUCACAAUAAAACAGGCAGCAGGAUCCAACACAACACAUGCUCUUGAAGAAAUAGUUGUUGAAUCACUUGUUGGAUCAAGGAAUUUCUGAUACAGGGCAGCAACUGUUGUUAACUGCUGAAUCUUCUCUGUUGAUGAAUCAGUAAAAUGCAUUAGCCCUAUUAUAAACAAUCAGAGAGCAAAUAUUAUCUGGUGAUUUUUCCUCUCGAGUUUGAAAGGAUGUACAUGGAUGUAUGGGGGAGAAAGAAGGCAAAAUAAAAGGGAGAUACUAUGGAUGUAUGGGGGAGAAAGAAGGCGAAAUGAAAGGGAGAUACUAUGGAUGUAUUGGGAGAAAGAAGCUUCAAUUUGAAAUGGAAGUCAGUCAAUUGACAGGUAAUGGAGUGAGAGGAAAUGUGCUGAAUUGGGAGAGUUUUUUUCAACACCUGAUGUACAAUUGGUAGAAUUUGUAUACAGUUGUAACAUAUUGUAACUUCAGAUUUCUAGAAGAAACUACAAAUCUAAUGUUAUGCUGUGUUGUAAAUAUCAUGCCAGAACUCACCAGAUCUGUUUGAGAGUUUGAUUCAAAGGUUAAAUAGCUCAUGUCAUGGAGAAGUGAAACACUUUUGGAAAUACUGUACUUGUGUAUGUGAGAAAUACAUGUUAAUUGAUAUUCACUUUUAAAAUGUCUUGUAUAUGUAAAAUAAAGUGAUGAAAAAUUU